AUUGCUUUUAAAAUGUUAUUUUUUUAGUUUUUUAGGCCUUCAAAUCCUGAACUCAAUAUACCCGCAACUCACAAUGCAAAACGGAACUCAAAUACCAGAAUCCAGAAAAUGUGAACCAGCUAAAUACGAGUACAAAAAAACAUCUUAUGCGGAGUUAUUUGAAGUAUUACAAUCCUUACGCAAACACGAGAUUUUUUGUGACGUUAAACUUGAAACGGACGAUAAAAAAAUUAUAUUCGCACACAAGGUGGUUUUAGCAUCGGCUAGUCCGUAUUUCCAUGCAAUGUUCACAAAUUUUGCUGAAAAAAAUUAUGAUCUUGUUACUAUGAGACAGUUCAAUUCUAACUGUUUACAGCUGUUGGUAAACUUUAUUUAUUCAGGCGAAAUCGUGAUCACAGAAAAAAAUGUCCAGGAUUUGUUAUCAGCUGCAAAUCUGCUACAGUUACAAGAAGUAAAAGAUGCAUGUUGUGAUUUUUUAGAGACACAACUCUGCUCU